AUGGAUUCUUUCCGUCUGGUGCGAUACUCCACCGUCUUCCUGUUUGCACUGGCCUUCCACACGUCGGUGGGAUCGAAUUACGACGAGAAGCUCAAAACAAUCAAACUGUUCUACUACUCACAACGCCAGGAGCAAGAGGUUGACGGUGAAAUAUUCGAGCCGCUCGAAAUCGACCCACACAAACCGCUGAAGCUGGUGAUCCAUGGGUGGAACUCGAACCGAGAUGAAAAGUCAAUAAUUCCCAUACGGACGGGGUACUUGCUGCAGAACAAGUGCAACUUGCUGAUGGCCGAUUGGUCGGAGGUGGCAAACAUCAGGUACCUGCAGGCACGCACUCUGGUCCAGAAGAUCGGUCUACGGAUCGGACAGUUGUUAGCAAACUUCACGGAAGGAGCUGGCAUCGAACACGGACAGGUGCACGUCAUUGGGCACAGCCUCGGGGCGCAUAUAGCGGGAAAAGUUGGCCGAUACUUCGAUGGGAAGUUGAGCCGAGUUACGGCGCUCGAUCCAGCUGGACCGUUUUUCGACAAAAACUCAAAGGACGCCAUCAGUUCCGAUGUGGCACAGUUUGUGGACGUAAUACACACCGAUGGAGAGAUCCUUGGUGCACAGGUGCCGUUGGGACACGCCGAUUUCUUCCCCAACGGUGGCGUACCACCUCAGCCAGGCUGCGAAAAACUUGAUCUGCUCACUUUGCACGGUUGCAGUCACCUCCGAUCGACCGGGUUCUUCGCGGAAUCGAUCCAACAACCCAACAACUUCAUUGCUUGUGCUUGCAGCAUGGAGGAGAUUGCGAACAAGCGUGACUCGUGUCUACCGGACUAUCGCGAAAAAUCACUCCGGGAGUGCGUUACGAUGGGUGAAGCAGUUGAUCACAGUGUACGUGGAACAUUUUUCACCGUAACCUCUGCGGUGCCACCGUACGGGUUAGGAAACCACACCCAAAUCGAGCCCCAUAUUAAAUUCUCUUCACAAGGUCAAAGCACGCAGUGAAGGCGAACGAAACUUUUCCUGUUG